UGGCAGCAGCGCACGAUAAGUAGAUCGCCAAUUGUUUCUCGCAUACCGCGUGGUAUCCUCUCUUCUUCCCUUCUCUCUCUCUCUCCUCUUCCAUUUGAGCGGCGAACGAACGAGAAGCCAAGCGAACGACAACCAGCAAUGGCGGAGAGCCCGAGCACGAUCGAAUCUGUCAGGAAGUGGGUCGUGGAGCACAAGCUCCGCGCCGUCGGUUGCCUUUGGCUAAGCGGAAUAGGGAGUUCGAUCGCGUACAACUGGUCUCGUCCUAACAUGAAAACCAGUGUUAAGAUCAUCCACGCGAGGCUGCAUGCUCAGGCUCUUACCCUCGCUGCCUUAGCUGGUGCUGCGGUGGUCGAGUACUAUGAUCGUUCAACAUCAGGAUCAAAGGUGGAUAAAUAUGCAAAUCAAUUCCUCGCACACCCUCAAAAAGAUUGAGGCUGCCAUCUUCUUCCUUGCUUCAUUGGGUCUACCAUACAAUUUCGUGAAACAUGGCAAAUUAAUUUUGGAGCAGUGUUUAGGUGGAUUUGUUGGUUACAAUGAGCCGGCCUGCCGUGAAUGACUUGUGUUCAUGGAUAUCCUUAGGCUAAUAAUUGUUGAUUUAAAAUCAUUUUGGAUUCAAAGCACUAAUAUAUUUUUUUGCCAAUACGAAAAGAUACCAUUAUGAGGCUGGACUAAAUGACAAGCAAUACAAUUUUAUAUGUUAAAUUA